AUGUGGCGACGUGUGCUCAUCCUCAGCCUUCUCGCGGUAGCAGUUCAGAGCGCCACCCGCCGUGAUGCUGGUGUUGCGGUCGGCUUCCGACCAAACUGUCACCCAAAACCGAUGGGUGGUUGCAAAUGUGACAUCACUGAAGGAGAUCUGAACACAGAAAUCGAGUUCGACAACAAUGAGGAUUGCAAAAAGCCGCUUGAAAGUGCACUCAAUCUGAGGCUUUGCAGGACAAUUGCUUCCCAAAGCCGUCCGGUGGCUGCAAAUGCAACGUCGAUCUGGGGCAUGGUGAAGAAGUCGUUGAAUAUUCGUCUGAUGCACAAUGCAAGAAGAGCAUCGAAAACAGCUGAACACAAAAAAGAGCUGAACGAGGAGAUCAAGGAUAAGUUCGGAGACUUUAAGGAGAACUGCUUCCCAAAACCAUCAGGUGGAUGCAAAUGCAACGAGAAGGACGCUCAAGGAAACGAAGUAGUCACCGCCUAUAACAACGCCGAGGAAUGCAAAAUCAGCCGCGUCAAGCGUGACGUUGGUGUGGCCACUCAACGCCAGCCCUCGAGUGUUCAUCAGACCCACCAAAAAGCCCGUGCUCGUGACCAACCCAGCCAGAACGUGCGCGACCCCAUCAGAGAACGUGCCCAGGCCAACUAUGCGGCAGUGCUUGAUGAGCUGCACAACAAGUUCAAGGGACUCAAAGAGGGUUGCUUCCCACGACCCAAAGGACGGGAUAUCACCGAACGCCGUAUGAAGGACGCUGACUGCAAAUGUAAGGAAGGAGAACGAGGACACGGUUGUCCAGCCGCCUAA